AUGUCGGUUCUGGCAGUUCAGAAUUUGUAUUCAGAGUCAUCCCAACGAUUCUCAACCGAAUUUGUAUGGCGGCACUGGUUGUUUGUAGACACUAAAAGAAAGUUUUCUUGUUCGUUUCAGGCCGGCUGCCUAAAAACUUCCUGGAAGCCAAGACUUGGGAGUGUGGUGCUGGGAGCUGCUCAGUUCAUCUGGCUCAGCGCUUUCAUCUCUGAGUUUGUGAAUCAGAAGGAAGUGGCAGCGUGGACCUACAACUACAGCAGAACAGCGUACUCGUGGAAAUUGUCACGGGCCUUCUGCAGGAGGCACUUCACAGACUUAGUGGCCAUCCAGAAUUGGGAAGAAAUCGAUUACCUCAAUAACAUCAUCCCGUACUUCAGCUCUUACUACUGGAUCGGGAUCCGAAAGAUCAAUAAUAAGUGGACCUGGGUGGGCACCAACAAGACUCUCACGGAGGAGGCUGAGAACUGGGCCGACAACGAGCCCAACAACAAGGGCAACAACCAGGACUGCGUGGAGAUCUACAUUAAGCGGAAGGUGGCCCCCGGCAAGUGGAAUGACGAGCCCUGCUCUAAACGAAAGCGGGCCCUGUGCUACACAGCCUCCUGCCGUGACACGUCCUGCAGCCAGCAAGGGGAGUGCAUUGAGACUAUUGAUAACUACACCUGCUCCUGCUAUCCGGGCUUCUAUGGGCCAGACUGCGCAAACGUCAAAGGAUGUGGACGGUUUGCCAUCCCACAACAUGCACUCAUGAAAUGCAGCCACCCACUGAGGGACAUCUCUUUCAACUCAUGGUGUAUCUUUUGCUGUGAUGAGGGGUACAAGCUGAAUGGAGCCAGCCGGGUGGAGUGUUUGCCUUCUGGAAUCUGGGCCGAUAACCCCCCACAGUGUAAAUCUGUGCAGUGUCAGAGCCUGGAAGCUCCUAUCCAUGCAACCAUGGACUGUGUGCACCCGCAUGCUGCCUUUGCCUAUGGCUCCAGCUGUACAUUUGAGUGCUAUCCUGGAUAUCAAGUGAGGGGCUCAGACACACUCCGCUGCACUAGCUCGGGCCAGUGGGCCAAGCCAUUGCCAACCUGUGAAGCCAUUGCCUGUGAACCUCUGGAGAGCCCCAUCCACGGGAGCAUGGACUGCUCCCCGUCCUCAGGCGUCCUGGAAUACAACAGCAGCUGUGUUUUCCACUGUGAGGAGGGCUUCACGCUGACAGGAAAUGAUGUCGUUCAGUGUGUUGACUUGGGACAGUGGACAGCCCCAGCCCCAGUCUGUGAAGCGUUGCAGUGUCCGGAGUUUUCAGUUCCAAGUAAAACCCACAUGAACUGCUCGGACCCCUUUGGUGCCUUGAGGUACCAGUCAGUCUGCAACUUUUCUUGUGAUGAAGGCUCACUCUUGGUGGGACCAAGUGCAAUAAAAUGCCUGUCUACUGGACACUGGAGCUGGGAUCCUCCGGAAUGCCAAGCUGUCACCUGCACUCCUUUGCUCAGCCCCCAGAAUGGAAUUAUGACCUGUAUCCAGCCUCAUGGAGAUUUCACAUACAAAUCCACAUGCCAGUUCACCUGUGAUGAAGGAUUUUAUCUAUCUGGACCAGAAAGAUUGGAUUGUUCUUCAUCUGGACACUGGACAGGCACCCCACCCUUGUGCGAAGCCAUCAAGUGUCCAGAAAUCUUCGCCCCAGAACAAGGCAGCCUGGAUUGCUAUCACGCUCAUGGAGAUUUCAGUGUUGGCUCCACCUGCCACUUCUCCUGUAAUGAGGACUUUGAGCUAGAGGGUUCAAGAAACGUGGAAUGCACCGUUUCUGGAGGAUGGUCAGCCUCCCCACCAACCUGCAAAGGGGUAACAUCACUUCCUAUCCCAGAGGUACAAUGUCCUGCACUCAUGAUUCCUGAACAAGGAACAAUGUCCUGCAAACACCACUUGGGGAGCUUUGGUCUGAACACAGCUUGUUACUUUGGGUGCAAAACCGGAUUUACACUUAGAGGCACCAACUCACUACGAUGCGGGCCUUCGGGACAAUGGACAGCAGUGACGCCCACGUGCAGAGCCGUCAAGUGCUCAGAACUGCACGUGGACACAGGAGUGAUGAACUGUUCCAAUCCCUGGGGAAAGUUUAGCUAUGGAUCAACCUGCACCUUCCAGUGUCCAGAGGGACAGUUGCUGAAUGGCUCUGCAAGGGCAACGUGCCAAGAGAACGGCCAAUGGUCAGCCACCAUGCCAACCUGCCAAGCAGAGCCACUGACAAUCCAGCAAGCUCUGACUUAUUUGGGUGGUGCAGUGGCUUCCACAGCCGGUCUGGCGACAGGUGGGACACUCCUGGUUCUGCUAAGAAAGCGUCUCAGAAAAAAAGAUGAUGGAAAAUCCCCCUUGAACCCUCACAGCCACCUAGGAACGUAUGGAGUCUUCACCAACGCUGCAUUCGACCCAACCCCUUGAGAGACUUGGUCUCCUGUCGCCUCAUUCAAUCUCUCAGGAUUCUGCACGCAGAUAAUCAAGUUUCCUGUCAGACUUGACCUUAACUCCUCAGCGUUUGCUGUGGUUCUCUGUAAAUAAUUGGGAAAGGACUAUGUACAUUCCCACCUCUCCACCCACUUCUUCCUGCUCCGCCCCUCAUCUUCCUCCAGUGCAGCCACAGAAACAGGAGCAAAAUUUUCUGCUGUGGUCUGUGGCUUCGACCUUGCUGUCACUGAAAACGGGACUUAGUCUAAGGCAUUGGGGCAUCUGAAUCACCCGGCAACACAGUUCUGGAGAAACAAAGAUCUGCUUUCUCUUGGGAUUGAAGAGUGCCCCUCCCUGAUGCUGGAGGGCAGACAAACCUCUGGCUUAAGGGAAUGCCUGUGUAAGAUCUCCUGGGUCUUCCAUGUUUCAUAUCUGUGAGGUUGUUUAUACUUCUGCUGCUGAGACUCUCACGGAAACUUCUAGAUGGUACCAGAGGCCACUGAAGAUUGAGAACAGAGCCAGGAUGCCACAUCUGUUUGCAGACCUCCCCUCCAAAGGCCAAUGUUUGAAUGUAUAAUUCAAUUUCCCUGCAAAGCCAUGUUCUUCAUAUUUUGUUCAAUAAGGUCUGUGUGUUUCAUGUUGUCUGUCACCAUUGUGGUCACAGUCGCAGUUGUUCAGAUAACAGCUGGACCUUCCAGUGUGCCAGCAAAUAUAUGUCAUAUGUGACCUGUCCGCAGAGAAAAAAAAUCAAAGGAGCAGAAAGGGUCUUCAUUGCAUUGCUGUUCUGCAGGAAGAAAACAGACAUGUUUUAUAUGUAAUUUAAUUCACAUAUUUAAUUAAAAAAAAGUC